GACUCUCUUCAAGAGUAUUCUCGGAAAUCAGACUGCUUUCGUCGCGUCGCUGGAAACAUCAAAGUGCGAUGCAGUGCUUUGGAAAUGGAUGAAGAUGAACGCGUCGCCGCCGCGAUAUCCAUGACAUUGUGUGAACUUGCAACCGCCAAACAUCUGUCACCGCCGCUUGAAUGCACCCUAUUCUCAUCUGAAAAUACCCCCUUAUAUUCCCAAGGACAUGGUGAUACUCAGGGAAAGUGCGUCGAAGCAUUAUCCCGGAGCGCACAGUUCUGGUCCAGCUACUCCGGAUAUCUGAGAGAAGUUCCCCAACUUUGUUUCUCUUUCAGAAGAUGGCACGACAUCGAUACGGCGAGAGACAUUUACAGCACCAUUACUCAAGAGAAGAUCGCACUCUUACGGUAUCUCUCACAGCGCCAGCGCACGGAAUAUGCGCACAUGUCGGCCUGGGAGUCUCAUUUGUCGGUACUUCCAUUCCUUGUCGUUUUCUUGAGCCGGGUUCAUGCUUGCAAUAGAGUUUACAGAAUAUCACGGCUGUUAUGCAGGUCCUUUCAGCCAGGAUGGACACUGAUGCUCAGAGUGCCAUCAAUCGCUUACUGA